GGCCGCUACGGCCGCUGGCGCAAGCACGGCGCCUUCAUCCUGGCCACCACCGGCCUCUCCGUGGCCAUCUGGCUGGCGUGGACCGUCAUGUACCUCUAUGGGAACCAGCGCGCCGGCCACAAGCCCGGCUGGGAUGACCCCACGUUGGCCAUCGCGCUGGUCAGCAACGCCUGCGCCUUCCUCCUGCUCUACGUCAUCCCCGAGGUGACGCACGUGACGCGGCGCAGCCCCGAGCAGGCCUUCGAGGACGACGGCUACCCCACGCGCGGGGUGGGCUACGAGACCAUCCUCAAGGAGCAGAAGUCCCAGAGCAUGUUCGUGGAGAACAAAGCCUUCUCCAUGGAUGAGCCCUCCUUCGCCAAGAAACCGGUGUCCCCGUACAGCGGCUACAACGGGCAGCUGCUGACCAGCGUGUACCAGCCCACCGAGAUGGCUCUGAUCACUGCCUUGCUUUCCUCCCCCUGA